AUGUCCAACUCAUCGCCGAACGCGUCCGCCGCCGCGUGCAGCCAAUCAGGAGGCGCCACGUCAGCUCCCAGCCGCCUCCACCGUGCCUCCUCUCUCCUCCCGCCGCCGCCGGCCCGCCCGAGACCGCGCAGGGCCCUCCGAAGCCCAUCGGGGCCCGGGUCGGCCCGACCCCGUGCCGCCGCCUCGCUCGUUCGCCCGCCUCCGCGCCUCCUCGCCGGUGUGCACCGCCGCCGCCCCGCCGGCGCGCCUCCCGAGCUCCCUCGCGGCCCGUUCGCCGCCGCCUCCUCAUCUCCGGUCGCCGCCGCCGAGCGCCCGCUCACCUCCUGCGCGCGAGCCUCGCCGGACUCCGCCGCCGUCCGCCGCCCGUCCUCCGCCGCCGCGCCCGCCCGCUCGCUCGCCGGGCCGCGCCUACCCGCCGCCGCAAGGCUUCGCCGGCGUCGCCCGCGGCCGCCGCCUCGAGCGCCGCCCCCUCGCUCCGCGCCUCCCCGCCGUCCCAUGCCUCCCCCGCCGACCGCCACCUCGCCGGAGGCCCUCGCCGUCGCCGGACUGUAA